GGUGUCCACAWACUUUUGGUCACGUAGUAUACAUAUUGAGGAUUCAGCUAUAGAGGAUCCAAGGUUUGUCAAGCCUUGUACAAGACAGAGCUUUGUUGCCACUUGUUUAAAGUAACCAAACACAUUUACAAAAACCCCUCAGAUGUCCUGUGCUUGGCAAUAUUGAACUCUCCUGAUGCUCAUUUCUCCCCAAUGUGAGCCAGGGAUACAGAGAGUGCUGAUGGUAUACUGUAUGUCUCUGUGUCUCCGUCCAGUCGUCGGCCCCUGUCCCARCUCUGCUGCCUCCACCAGGAGGUGUCACUCCAUCUAUAAGGGCUUCGCUCAGUGUCUGAUGGCUCUGGGAGACAGCCUGACCGACAGUGCCCAGAAAGAUGAGGACACACAGGAGAUACACACCAUCUGCAAGUCCUGGGAUGAGUUUCAUGACUGUGCAAACGUGGCGAUGGCCUGGUGUCCGGAUGAGGCUUCUGCUGUCUGGGAGUCUUUGCGACAGGAGUCCAAGAAGAUGCARUUUUCUGGAAACCUGUAUUACAUGUGCUCCAGUCGUAACCAACCAGCUACCAACGCUGAUGCCCUGAGCCCGUCCAACCAGGAAGAGAUUAACCAGGAGUCUCUUAAAGCACACGCCCACUGUCCAGGUCCUGCCUCCUUCUUCUUGCUCCCCUCAUGUCUGUCUUUUCUGCUGCUGUUGCCUAGCCUAUAGACACGACCAGGGUGAAGGGCAGGGAGGAACUCAUAGAGGACAUGUACAAACAGACAGUAUCAUGAAGUCACUCAUAUUUUUUUCUUUACUAAAAAGGAGUUGCAUAUAUUUCUAGCUGCACGUUCAGAUUGACAGCUCCUCAUCUGUAGUGUAUUCAUUUCGUACACACAUAUCAUCUCUAUGAAUAACUUUACGUGUCUGUUCAAUACUACUGUCCUCAGAUUUUUUAUUCAUAGAUUUUAGAUGUCUAUUACAAUUGGUUUUGUUGCAAAACGCUAUAUACAGUGCCUUGCA